UACAGCAGUGUGGCCAUCAUGUCCGUCCAGUGAAAUAUAUAGGCACCGAUAAAUGUAUAAAAUGAAAAUUAGCGAGUUGUGUUUUUUAGUCCUAUUUCAUUCAUACAGACAGUCCAUCAAAUCUCAAAAACAGGUGAUAGCUAAUUGUGUUUAGGAAAGUCGCCUAGGCUCGUUUCAACUCGUUUCGUUUGUGUUGCGAUAUCUGGCAACAAUGUUUUACAUGUUCUGAUUAAGCACGUGGAUGGAUAACGCGGCAUACUGACAACAACUACUAAAAAAAUCAGUUUUGGUAAAUAACAGGCAGCCAUGAAAUCCAGAAAGAAGAGGAAAAAGUCCGAGAAAACCUUGAUACCGGUGUACACAAAAUGUUUGAUCUGCGGCAAACAGUACGGAGAUACGAAUUUGGACACCCAUAUGCAUUCUUAUGUCCACCAUGAGGCAGUUGAGCAUCUCAAGGGCAGUGAACAGUUGCAUAAGUGUUUGGCAUGUGAUGUGUCCGUGCUGGGACUAGAGCUGUACAAAGAGCAUAUUGCCACCCAGAAACACACAUACAGUCUGUACAAACUCCAAAACAGAAGAAAAAAAGAACAAAGAUAUAUGAACUACAAUAUUGAUCUGACUGAAGAGGAGUUUUUAGCCCUUCAAAUAGAGAGAAAAACGAAGAUACAAAAAUGUACGGAGACUUGUUUUGUCUGCUGUCAUAUUUUCCCUAUACAGGAUUUGGAUGCACAUAUGCACAGUAUUGUCCACCAUCAGGCAAUUGAGCAACUGAAGGGCAGUCCACAAGUUCAUAAGUGUUGGGCUUGUGACAUGACUAAAACAGGAAUUGCACAGUUUAAGGUGCAUAUUAACACUCUUUAUCACAAAUACAUGCUGUUUGAACUCCAAAAGAUGACAGCAGAUGGACAAACAGUGGACUACAGUGCUGAAAUUGAUGAUGAGCUUAGAGCCCUUUGUUACCAAAGAGAUCAACAAAUGCAAGAGAAAAAGAGAGAGAAAACAAAGAAGUGGAAACAAGCAAAAUGGAAGAAGGCACAGUUGCUGAAAUCGACAAAAAACACAAGUGAAAUUGGAAAUUUAACAAAACCCGUCGUAGGCAAUGAGGAGUUCACAAAUGGCCAGUUGCCACAAUCAUGCCGUCUCUGCGUCUCUUGGGAAAAUCAAAAAGACUUCCCAGCAUUUUUCCAGCUUAACCAAAACCUGCCUAAACAGAGACAAGAGAGCAUACUUGAUAUGGACAGAUCAAACGAGCCACCUGUGAAAAAGCCUCGUCUUGAGAACCCAUCUGAUAAUCUUCCUCAAGAAAUGUCUGCUCGUGGCACACCGACUCCAGAAAUUGAAGAUACAUCUGGUACAUCUGCUCGGCCUACUUGUGCCCCUGGACUGGUCCAAAGCAGGAUGGAGGCCAUCAAACCCAACUUGACAGCAACAAAAGUAACUUUUUCAGCACAGAAGGCAACGACCAAGAAUGAAGCUGUCAUUCCCAAACCUCCACUACAAAAACGCAGUUGUUCCAAGAAGUCUAUGAGGAAAGUUAACAAAGCAGCAUUACAGAGUAAUAAACAGGGCACAACCAGACAAGGUAUGAAUGGGCAAGAGCCACAUGUUGAUUCUCUUCCAUCUGGAUCUUCACUGAAUGAAACGUUCGAAAGCCAGUCUUCAGGAAAUGACUGCCAGGCAGUAGAGGUUGUUGAAAACGUUGGGCCUCAGACUGUGCAUGUUAAGAAAAAGAAAUCAAAUGCGUGUGACGCAGAACAGGGAGAAACAUCAAUGGAGAACAGCUUUGAAACCAACUCCUUCAACAUCCAGAAAAACAAGAAAAAAAAACAAGACAUUUCACAUAACAAUCUGAAUCCCAGGAUAAAUGACAAAACAUCUAGAAAAAGGGACGUGAAGAAGUUGUUGAAGCUGUCUUCAAUAGAAGAUAAGUUGACCAGCUCUUUGGAGGAUGUAGGUGACGAGUUGUUCCUGGCGUACUCUACCAUGCAGAGCGCUUACAAUGAAGUUCAGCGUCUUCUAGCUGUUAAACAACAGGUCACCUCAGAGAUGGCCUCGCUCAGGACGAAGCGCAUAAAGAUUCUGCAGGAUAUGAAGAAUCCCACUCAUUCAGACCAGCAGGUGGAGCUAAAUGACUCCUGACAGCUGCGUGAACCUCUGAGGAAGGAUCCCUCACAGCCAUCCCAGGGAGCCUCACGGAGCAGCUGCACCAUAGGACUCAUUCCCAGGUUUAUCUGAUUCUGGAUUUAACUCUCAGUGAACACAAAUAACCUCUGUGAGCAUGCAUCUCAUCUGAGAGCACAGACUGCAUCAUUGUAACAGACUUUAAUGCAGUUUAAUAAUUGUUUUAUUGCAGUUCACAUUGGAUUAUGCUCUAAUUUGAUCAGAUCAGUGCAGAUUAAUUCUAAAGAAAAAAAGCAAUAGUUUUUUUUUUUCAAAUCUGAUUCUGGCAUGAAAAAAAAUGUAAUUUCUAUCUUGAAAUGUAAAAUUGUUUAAAAAAGGUCACCUACAAUUUGGAAAAAUCAAUAAUUUCUUUUUAGUCGAGAUUGUGUGAGGGACUUUGUCAAGCUACAAGGACAUGAAAGGAGAUGUCACAGACUACGAUCUGAAGAUUCAGGUAUAUUAAAAUUAUUUUCAUAAUAGCGUCAGUAGAAUAUGGACAUUCACUGCCUAAUACAAUAAAUAGUGUAGUAAUAUGGAUUUAUCAGUUCAAAUAAUAUUACUUACAAGACAACAUAUUAGGAUAUUCAUUCAGACUCACUCUGGAAGGUUUUGUAGUUAUUUUCCUUACUGGAAUCUGAAUAAUAUUUUAAAAUGUUGAAAAUAUUUUGUUGUUUCUAUCAUUUGUGUUCUUGCUGCUCCAGCAGAAGUUUGUUCAUCCUCAAGGUUAACCAUGUGUUUAUCCACUGUUUGCAGUCAUGAACGCACAAUCGUUGUACUAUUUUGUGUUGUUUGUUUAUUCUCUGCAAAUCAUGGCUGACAACAAGUGGAUUAAAACAGUGCAAAGUACUUUAUUUAGUUGAAUUAUUUACAGUUGCACAGUAGCACACACAUUUUACAAGGGUGGGUUCAAAUGUGUGUAAUCUAUGGCAUGACAGCUUAAUACAUUUAAUAUGAAUGACAACAAAAUGUCAUCUGAAAGGGAUUGUCUACUAAA